AUUAUUUCAUUCUAUUCACUUUCUCUUGAAGCCUCAGUCAUGUCAACAGAAGAUGUAUUUAGCAGUAGCUCUACUACAAUGGUUGACUGCGACGUCCUCGAAGCAGCCAAGGAGAACAUCCAACCUUUAGCCACUGGGCGCCGAGUUACUUCACUUUCCUCCGUUCUAGCCACUCCCCAUGCUCAAAGAGAAUCCAAACUUGUUGCCACCCGCCACAGGCUUCGCAUAAACAUAGAGAUGGCUUUGGAAGACGACGAUGAUGACCCAUUGGAAGCUUACUGUACCCUGGUGAACUGGACGCUUGAAAACUAUCCCCAAGGCCACAGUGCCGAAUCGGGGUUAUUGGAGCUCUUGGAGGAAGCAACUCGUGUUCUCAAAGAUGAUAGAGAUGGAAAAUGGAGAGGCGAAAUGAAAUAUCUGAAAUUGUGGAUGCUUUACGCUAGUUUCGUCGAGAAACCUAGCAUCAUCUAUCGUUUUCUGCUCGCAAAUGAUAUCGGAACGGACUUCGCAAUCUUGUACGAAGAAUUUGCCGCUAUACUGGAGCGAGAUGGAAGACGAAAGGAAGCGGAUGACGUUUACUGUUUGGGUAUUGCUCGAAAGGUGUCGUCCUUGGAUCAUCUCAAGAGUCGAUAUAAAGAUUUUCAGAAGCGCAUGAUGUCCUCCGCCUUGCCACCGAUUGCUGCUGCUUCGACUGUGCCAAACACGUCUACUACGCGGAGGGCUUUAAUCACCACCUCCGCUACAUCCACUGACGUGUCUCCACCCUCAACAAGUACCCGAACAAGGUCUCGUAAUGCGUCGAAUACGCAUAUGCAAAUUUUUGUGGAUCCCUCAGGAUCCGCUGCCCGUUCUGCGGAGAUGGAAGUUAAUGCGUGGCCAGACAUCGGGACACGUAAGACUAGAGUCAAGGAGAACGUCCCCGAAACAAAGAAGUUAUCUGGAACAACACUAAAGCAAACUGGCAAAACGAAGAGGCUGGCGUCUAGUUCAUCUGGCUCCAAGAUUGUACCCUACAGGGAUCCGAGUCCGGAUGAGAUGCCUCCACCGCCGCCGCCCAUCGCUUCUUCUUCGACUUCGCGCUUCCCAAGCACACCCGUCAAAGAAAGUGCUCUCACCGUCCCAUCUACUCCCAAAUUUACUCCUUUCCGCGAUGAGGAUACACUUGUAACGUCAUCUUUGGCGGUACCUGACUCAGUUAUGAAGCUAAAGAAAGCUGACGUUCAAUCUGCGACCCCGACUUCCGAGGCCGAGGCCCUUCGGAAGGAUCCGCUCAAGAACUAUGAUACUGGUGCCAACCAGGAACACUAACCUUCCAAAAGAAUGUUAUUUGUGGAUAGAAUUCACGCGCUGCAAGCAAUUUUAUAUCUAUCUUUUAAUCUUGUAAUCUUUUCAUAUGUUGUUAAUAUGUAUGUGACUCUCAAUCAGUG